UUAAUUAAACCUGUCUGAUAGUGUUCAUUCUUUUAUGGAAUGUAACAACUCAGAUAAUUAUGAAUGUAUUUCUAUAUAAACCAACAUGUAAAAUUGCAAUAAACCUAUGCCUUUUCCGAAGACAGGAAAAUGGGAUUAACCAAAUUUUCAUUAGCAACUUGCCUAUUAGCUUCAACUCUAGCUCACGUUUCCCUCGGCCAGAACUCCCCUCAAGACUACCUUAGAGUCCACGAUGCAGCUCGUGCACAGGUUGGGGUCGGGCCGAUGACUUGGGACGCCAAGGUUGCGGCCUACGCGCAGGAUUACGCUAACAAAAGGGUUGCAGACUGCGGCCUGGUUCAUUCGGACGGACCCUACGGUGAAAACCUUGCGGAAGCCUCCUACGCCUUGACAGGCGCGGAAGCGGUGCAAAUGUGGGUCGAUGAGAAGCCUUACUACAACUACGAUGCCAACAUAUGUGUUGGGGGACAGUGCUUGCAUUACACUCAGGUGGUUUGGCGAAACUCGACUCGACUUGGGUGUGCUAGAGUUAAGUGCAACAGUGGCUGGUGGUUUGUGACAUGCAACUAUGAUCCUCCAGGGAACUAUGUGGGAGAACGUCCUUACUAAUUGAGUAGUUUUUGACUCAUUCAUACAAUAAAAGGUUAAUAUGUUUUGAUUGGAGAACACAUUGAAAGGAAAGAUGCUACUAUUUGAUUCAUCCAAGAAGAGACUUUGGCUUUUGUUAUUUUGGUCUAUAUUCUAGAAGAUAGAUCCAAUUUACAUUUAUAAAUAUAAAUUAAGUUACACAAAAAGAAAUAUUUCUCUCGUGAUAUUGAAACAAAACGUGAGUUUUGAACAAUUCAUAAAUAAACUAAAACUCUUAAAGGUAGAACAAUCUCAAUGAAAAUAGGGAAAAUACCAAAAAAAGCAGUCAAAAAAGACUAUCCUUAAAAGAAAUAUCUAACUGUCAAAAAUCGAGCAACUAAGCAGCCAAGAAAAAAAUCCAGCAAACACCAGGAAACUCUAUAACACUGCAAAAAAAAAAACAAAUAUGGAGCAGCCACCAAUUUCAUCACCAAGUAUCAAACAUUCAAUCCUUGAAGCACACCCCUAUCAUUUGAGUGCCCAUCCGCCUCACAAAACCAUUCCAUCAAUCCAACAACCCCGUUUACAAUUCUCCUUAAGAAUUGUAGAGAAAUUAAACUCUGGAUUUGGGUAUAGAUCGAUCCUAAAGGAAACUAUGAAGAGAAAAAAUCGUUGAAAUGGCAAAUAAAAUAACAUAAAACUUGACUCCAAUACAGGGUAAAUGUCCAUUUGUCCAUGACAAUAUUGACAAUUC